GCCAUAACUAGACACGUCAAGACAGGCAUCGCUUAGCCUUGAAAAAUAUUUCUUGUCCAUAGCGAUACUCAAUCUGGUAACCUCUUCUUUGUCACGGAAAGAGAGACUUGCCCAUGAUGAAUCUUGAGCAAGACAAGGAAGAGUCCCUGAUGGAGAAAAAGAUAACCAGGUCAAGAAACGGAUGCUUCACCUGUAAAAAGCGUCGUAGAAAAUGCGAUGAAACAAAACCAUAUUGCAAAAACUGCACGGAGUCGGGAAGAGUCUGUGCAGGCUAUGGGGUUAGGUUGGUAUUUGACGUCGAUGAUUCCCGAAACUCAAAUGAUUCUUUCAAUAUCAGAGGAGAAAAGAAACACGGUUUCCGAGGUCGUCCAAAGCUAAAAGAUGCCGGAGACACCUUUAUAAUAAACAGUCAUAACCCCCACAAUCCGUCAGCGGAAGAGAUCUCGGUCAAAAUGGAGGAAAAUGGUGUCGAAGACACAACUUUUGAAAACCAUAAAAGUCGUACAGAAACUAGACGAAAGCUAGAGUCUCCUUCUUACAAUGAAGACCGUGUGAGAAAAUCUAAGCACCCAAGGGUUACGAAACAUGCAAAGCCUCAGAUCAAAUCAUUGAUUUCUUCAAAUGAAUAUUCAAAGUCCGGUUCGUUACCAAACGUGGAUUCUCUGCUAAACCCAUCGAAUAUAGACCUUACUCCUUCAGAUUCACCUAGCCUACUGGUAUCCAGAGAUUCUAGCUCAAACACAAUUCUUUCAAAUACAAAUUCCAAUAUAAACAUUUUGUCUGCGCCAAACACUGGGAAGAAUACGAAUUCUGUCUCAACAACUUCGGAUCGAGAUUUUGAAUUAGACUUUAAUGAUCCCCAACAGUUUGAACGUGCGUUUUUCUCGGGUCUAGACUAUAUAUUGGACAACUAUGAUAAUGGAUUACUGAACUCUGUCGAUUUUUCCUUUUUACCUCUCGAUUCCUCGCAUUCAAACACUAGCAUGAAUAACCAUGUGAAUAUGAAUAUGACCACUUCAAGCUCGGGUUUGAACUUACCUCCAAGCCCAAACUAUUCAAACAUUGCAUCAAUUUCUCCAGCAAUUCCUAGUGCCUCUUUGUCCAAUGUUCAGUCUUAUAAUGGAGUUGGCAACGUUGAUAGUCAUAACUUACCAUACCACAAUAAUAGCCAUAAUGAGUUAGAGCUAGACUCUAGCCAUCUUGGUCCCCAGUUGAAAAAAAGGGAAGAAAUUCUUAUUCUGAAACACUUUUUUGAAAAGGUGAUUUAUCUUUUAGACGCCCAUCCACAAACUCCAUGGCCUCAAUUAAUGAUGAAGUUUGGAUCGAUGGAUUUGGCAAAAUCAUGCUUUUUGUCUUUAUCCUCGAUGCACCUAUAUGUCAACAAUGGAGGAGACGAAUUUUAUAAAAAGGGUCUUUUGCAUAUUAAUAACACAAUGGAGUAUUUGAUUAAAUACGUGAAAACCGGUGGAAUUGCAAACACAAACACAAACACAAACACAAGCACUACAGUGACAAGAGAUAAGAAAGGCCAUUCAGAUGCAAACAGCUCGACUUCAGGUUCCGCAUCAAAUUCUGACGAGAAUGAAACCGAGCACAAUGUCGAUUGCAAUGAUCAAAACAAUAGCAAUGGUAAUAGUAAUGAUGACGAUCACGAUGAACGGAAUUCAGAAGAGCAAAUGAAAGACUCUAAUGAUUUAGAUUUGAAUGUUCCCAAAAUAAUUUCUAGAAUUAAAUCAGAAUCCAAUAAAAAGAAAGGCACAAACUUCAUGGUUAUUUUGUUAUUGCUCUAUGUACAUUUAUUAUUUGCCGUUUUGGAAAGUGGGCGUUCUGCAUUGGCAAGAAUGUUUCUCAAGUUGUCCGCAUCUAUUGCAUCUGAUCCACUCUUCAACAAGAAAAUGAAGAAAAUUCAGCAAUCGCAAUCCUUACUGUGUGUUCUAUCAUGGUUUGAUACUGUUUCAGCAAUAGUAUCUCCCGAUUGUAGGAUUCCAUACUGUGAUCCAAAGUGGUUUGGUGAAAGCAGUGAUAUAAUUUCGACAGACAAGAUGAAUGGUUGUCCUGUCGGAAUGUUCAGAGUUCUGUAUGAUUUAUGUCUUUACCGAAAGAAAGUUAUGACGUUAUUUUCUCAGCAAGAAUGUCUAUUACAACAAAUAAAGCUAAGCCAUAAAAACUUGAUGGAUCUCAGGGACAGAUGCUUGCAUUAUAGAGAUCACGUACUAUAUAUACUGCCUCAUGGCUCUGCAUUUAGCUACAUUGAUAGGUUAAAGUGUGCUCAAUUAUGGUCAUUGGCAGCAAUCUUAGUUACGAUCCAAUUGGAGCUGCACUAUUUUUCCAAAAUGUCUAAAAUGAUAGAGCAUAAUAGAAAUAUGAUUUCUGCCAGUGAGUUUCCAGAUGCUGUUCCAUCAGUACAUAUACAUUCGGAAAAAGCUACUGCAAUAGUUACUGAGUUUUUAUCGGUUUACAAUACAAUUCCGUCAUCUUCUCCGAUUAUCACUCAAAUGGUCUGGCCCAUUUUCUAUGUGGCAUUAUGCUCUAGCACUGAUGAAAAUCGGAAACAAAGUUGGAAAGCUUUAGAAGUUUUGUACGAAACUGUCAAAAUGGGUACCAUCAAAAGUAACAUGGACAUCGUAAUGCGUGUAUGGGAGGAAGGAUGUAGUUUAGAAAGUAUUUUGGGCGGUGAAGGAUGGUUUGAAGCCGGCAUUGAUUUACUUCCUUGUUAGGGAUUUGUAUAAUAAUAAAAUUUAUCUAACCAUACACUUGAAGUUUUUGGCAAACUUUAGAAGCUGGCUGAAAAUGAAUACUACUAGCAGG